CUUUUUUGAGUGUAUGAGUGUAUUGCAUCCUUAUUUCUUUCUCUUACCUUCUUAACUAUUUUCAAUGUCACAAUCACAACCACAACCUCAGCAAUCACAGCAAUCACAGCAACAGCAACAACAACAACGACGCCAAUGGGGCGUCACUGCACCCAUUUCUUUAGCACAUCCCACAGAAGAGCAAAAGAAGCUCACUACAGAUCUAUUACAAACACUCCAUGACCAUGGAUUAUUUGAAAGCGAACAAGAGGCACAAAAGCGUGUCGUGGUUUUGGGGAAACUAAAUAAACUGGUCAAGGAAUUCGUUUACAAAGUGAGCAAAAUGAAAGGCUUCCCAGAUUCGUUAGCUAGAGAAGCUGGCGGCAAGAUCUUUACAUUUGGCAGUUACCGAUUGGGUGUACACGGUGCAGGCGCUGAUAUUGAUACUCUUUGUGUUGUUCCCAAACACGUGGAGAGAGAUCAUUUCUUUACGGUCAUGUACGAUAUGCUUAAGGAACGGCCUGAAGUAACAGAGCUUACGUCGGUGCCAGAUGCCUAUGUACCUGUUAUCAACAUGCACUUUUCGGGUAUUCCGAUCGAUCUUUUGUGCGCUCCACUCUCCAUUGCUCGAGUACCGGACGAUUUGGAACUGGCAGACAACAAUCUUUUAAAAAAUGUUGACGAGCGAUGUGUUCGAAGUUUGAACGGUUCACGUGUGACCGACGAGAUCUUACGUCUUGUGCCGAACAUUGAUACUUUCCGUACAGCACUUCGAACCAUCAAAUUAUGGGGCAAACGCCGUGGGAUCUAUUCUAAUGUGAUGGGGUUCUUGGGCGGUGUGGCAUGGGCCAUGUUGGUGGCCCGGAUAUGUCAGCUGUAUCCAAAUGCAUGUGGUGCUUCGAUCGUCGAUCGGUUUUUCCGUAUUUUGUACCAGUGGAAAUGGCCGCAGCCCGUACUUUUAAGGCCAAUUGAGGAUGGACCUUUGCAAGUCCGUGUGUGGAAUCCAAAGCUUUAUCCAGCAGAUAAGAGUCACCGUAUGCCUAUCAUCACACCGGCAUAUCCAUCCAUGUGCUCGACUCACAACGUGACGGAUUCGACACGGACGAUCAUGAUCAAGGAAUUUAAGCGAGCAUCGGAAAUGGUGGAACAGAUCAUGCGCGGAAAAGGAAAGUGGGUAGAUCUGUUCGAAAAUAGUAACUUCUUCCAGGCGUACAAGCAUUAUCUCCAAAUCGUCGCGUGCGCAGAAUCAGCAGAGGCACAAUUGAAAUGGUCGGGUCUGGUGGAGUCCAAGUUGCGACAAUUAAUUAUUAAGCUCGAAUUUGUCGAGUUGUUGAUUCUUGCCCACCCUUGUACGAAAGGCGUGGAUAAAGUACACUAUUGUUUGACAGAUCAAGAGCAGCAGGAUGUGGCAAAGGGCGUGGAUUUGCCUGAGCGUUCGUUCACACUUAGUGAAGGAAACAUGGAUGCAAAUCAUUUGGAGCAGAUCAAGGAAAAAUUAAGUCUGACAGAAGAACAGGUCAAUAAUAUCAAAACAAUCUAUACAACAUCGUUCUUUAUCGGUCUCUAUGUGGAGCCUAAACCAGCUGGCUCUGGUGGUACAAGACGAUUAGACUUGGUGUAUCCUACACAAGAAUUCCUCAAAUUGGUUAAAGGUUGGGACAAGUAUGAACCAGAUACAAUGGCAAUUAAUGUCAAGACGAUUAAGAGUUCGAUGCUUCCCAAGGAGUUGGCUGGCGAGAGAAAAGUGCAGAAGGGAGAAAAACGAGUACGAGAGUUGGUGGCACAGUCAGAAUCAAUGGCAUCCAACACACCGCCACCCAAGAAGUUGCGCACAGACGGUGCUGAACAAAGUGGCAACAAUGGCAACGGUAUUCAAGGGGUAACUCCAGCAGCACCUUUGGCAGAUGCUUUGAAGGAGUAAGUAGUAGUAGUAGUAUAGUUGCUACUGUUACUGCUAACCUUACUUCUAUAGUUUCUAUCUAGGUGAUUAGUUAUCUUCUCUACAUUUUCCUUCCAAGUUCCUUUUCUUCUUGGCCUUCCUUUACUUUUCAAUUCCUACUACUAGUUGUAAAUUUGGUUUGUUUCGCCCUCUUUUAAAGUUUUUUGCUUUUUUUUAAAUAAAAAAGAGGUUUAGGUUGCAGUGUUGAGGAGAAAAACAAG